AUGCAAACCUUGCUGGGAAGAGGGGCUUCACAUCUUCCUCAAGUGGAAGAGCCUUGCAAGGAAGACUCAAAUCAAUCCCUACUGCUGGUUCAGUAUCCUAAAUCAGGGGGUGGCCACUUGUUAAGGCUGAUAAGGUGGACUGCAUUUGUCUUUCCCAAUGAGAGAUUACGUUUGCUGGUACAAAUUCAGGGUCGUGGGGUGAUAGCGCUUCUCACAGGGGCAAAAAGGCUCAGCAGUAUUUGUUCCGAGAAAGUUGACUUUAGAGCAAAUGGGUUGCCAGAAGUAGGGAGCUCUCAACGCCCACCGAUGCCCCUCUCCCAGGGUGCUGUGACGGCAGCUCCCAGCCCCACCGCCUGUGUGCUGCCAGUGCCCCUCUGCUUGUUGCCGCUGACCCGUGCCCAGCAGGAUGGCAGAGGGGUCUCGGCUGCGACCGCGGGCGGCCGCUGCUGCCGCUGCCCCGAGCUCCCGCCGCGGGCCGGCCCCGGGACGCCCCCCGCGCAGCAGCGGGCCCGGCGCGGCCCCCGACCUCCUCCCGCGGCUCCGCGCUGCCCGCGGCGUCCCAUGGAGCUACUGGGACUGCUGCUCCUGCAGUGGGUAGAUUCUUAUAAAUUAGACAGUCUACGUCCUCUACAGCGUACAAAAAGGACCUGGAUUAUCACCACAAUUGAAAUUCAAGAGGAGGACAAAGGACCAUUCCCAAAAUAUGCUGGACAGCUGUUCAAUAACAAAUCAUUUAAUACAUCAGUAAAAUAUGUAAUCAGUGGACCUGGGGUAGAUGAAUCUCCAGAGAUUGGACUGUUUUCUAUAGAAGAUGAUGCAAAUGGACAUCUGUAUGUACAUCGUACCAUUGACAGAGAAAAGACCCCGAUUUUUCAGAUACGUUUCGAUAUUGUGUACAGAAAAACUGGUGAACCAUUGGACCGCCCUUUAUUUUUCAAGUUAAAGGUUAAAGAUAUUAAUGACAACACACCUGAGUUUCCCAAGGAGGAAUAUAGCGUUACAAUAAGAGAGAACCACAGUAAAGAUAAGCCAGUUUUCCAAGUUACUGCCUUGGACAAAGAUGAAGAUGGCACUGCAAAUUCUCAGGUGUCCUAUUCUCUAAGUAUGCAAAUGCCCCUUCCAGAUGGAUUCACAUUUAAUAUUGAUCCUACCACAGGAUCAAUACUUCUGUCAGAAUGCCUGGAUUAUAAGACUGCCAACUCUUUCAAACUUCUGAUUAAAGCCAGUGACCAUGGAACUCCCCAGCUCUCAUCUACUGCAACAGUGAAUGUAGCUGUUGAAGAUGCAAACAACCACCUCCCUGUAUUUACUAGUGAUAACUACCAGCUGCAGAUUUCAGCAGGACAAGAACAUCCAGCUGUAUUACGGCUCCAAGUGGAAGAUAAAGACUCUCCCAACACUCCAGCGUGGAGAGCGAAAUACAGAGUAACAAAAGGCAAUGAGAAGGAACAGUUCACCAUUGAGACAGAUCCGGACACAAAUGAAGGCAUUUUGAGUAUUAUUGAGCCUCUCAACUAUGAAGAUGACUCUGAGGUGAGACUUGUCAUUUCUGUAGCAAAUGAAGAACCUUUCUUCAUGUGUAAAAACGGCAUUGUGAUGAUCUCAAGCCUAGAAUCCACAAAUACAACUGUGAACAUCAAGGUCUUACAGUCACAACGUGCUCCUAGGUUUCAUCCUCCUGUACUUAUUGUCCAAAAAGAAGAUUCAAUGAAGCCUGGGAGAGUGUUUAGAAGGUAUCCUGCCACAUAUCCAGAUGGAGGGCCAAAUAAGAUAAAAUAUGAACUAACCCAUGACCCAAAUGGCUGGCUGAGUGUGGAUGAGAAUUCUGGAGUUCUUACUGUGGCAAAAGAAUUUGAUCAAGAAUCCCCUUAUGUGAACAACAGCCUGUACACCAUUAUUGUUCAUGCUGUUGAUCAUGGUAUUCCACAACAGACUGGUACUGGCACCAUCCUGGUUUAUUUGUCUGACAUUAAUGAUCAUAUGCCAACAUUAGUGGCUCCUUCUUUAGAUGUGUGUGAUGAAAAAGAAGGGACGCCUCUCAUUAUAAAAGCUAAGUCUGCUCCGGUCCAUUCGCAUUCUGGGCCAUUCGCUUUUGAGCUGGCUGAGGACUCUGAAGAUGUGAAGCAUAACUGGAAAUUAGGAAGGAACUUUGGGGAUUCAGUUGAACUUUUAAUGUUAAGAAGCCUCCCACAAGGUAGCUACUUGGUGCCUGUCAUUAUUCAGGACAGGCAAGGAUUCUCCACAAAGCAGAAUCAGCAGGUUAGGUUCUGCUUUUGCCCAGAUGGACUUACAUGUAAAGAUUCACCACUUCCACAAGCAGCAGUGAGACUUGGAGGCGGUGCCAUUGCAAUAAUACUGACGGCUUUCUUAUUACUACUGGUUUCCAGUAUUCUACUUUGCCAGUUUUAUGUGCCAGGAUCUAAAAGCAAAGCCAUUGUUCCACCUCAAGAAAGUGAACAGACUUUAAUAAAAUAUAAUGAAGAGAGCAGAAUGUCUUUAUCUCAAGCUAAGCUGGAUAUUACAGAUCAUGCUGCUCUACCACCUGUGUCAGUGGGGGCUGGAAAAGAAGAGAUUGCUGAGGAUGGCCUGUACGGUAGUUAUGAGACAUUCCAAGUAAGACACCUUGAUUGCAUCAUACAGACAGUGGACAGAAUACUGGGUCAGAAACUGUAUUACCAAAACACAUUGGAAGAUUACAGGGUCAUCUAUGAACCCUUCAGAUACGCUGAGGAAGGAGAACUAGAGCGAAGUAACUCCUUCUGCUCUGUCUCCGUUGGCAGUGAGGACUUGCCUGUUGAUUUUUUGAACACUCUGGGACCAAAGUUUUCUGCUCUGGAAGAAAUCUGUCAGAAGCAAUUUCCGUCAUUCAAUUAA